AUGGCCGAAGACCAACAAAUUGUUCCAUACAUUCAACAAGAAUUGCGUGAUUAUGAUGAUGCUUUAGAACCCGGUUAUCGCUUUUGUCCAACCGACUCGGAGCUCAUCAUCUACUACCUUAAACGAAAGAUUGAAUUAGGCGAACAACCCAGAUGUCGGAUAUAUGAUGUUCGUGUUUAUAGCCACCACCCUAACGAACUUACAGAACGUUACCGGUCGUGUGAAGGCAUAGGGUACUUUUUUACAAUGAGAGAGCGAAAACACCAGACGGGGACACGAGUGAAUAGAAGAACCAAGGACUUUGGGUAUUGGAAGUCGACCCAGAAAGAUACGAAGGUGUAUGAUUUUGUGACGAGACGAGUGCUUGGAACAAAAAGACCUUUAGCUUUUUAUGACGAGAAGGAUCAAAAGACUGAAUGGCUAAUGUACGAGUAUACUUGCAAUAAUCUAAAUAUCCCAAAUGGAAGCCAUUCCAACAAGGUAUAUUUACUAUUUCUACUAUUUCCUGUCAUAAGCUGA